CUUGUUGAUAAUAAAAAUUGGCUUCAAAUAAGCAAUGGAGGAGUCCAAGAUCGGUAUUAUUGCAAUAAAAAUUUGAAAUUUGGACUUGCACAUAGUGCAUUGGAUCUGUGGACAAAUCCGUGGAAAUUUUACGAAGAUGAGUGAAGUGUGCCUUGUCUUCAUAGGAAGUCCACUUCUGGACAUCUACGCUGAAAGGGAUGAAACGCUGUUGAAAAAGUUUGGAUUGCAGAAGGAUGGCUGCUUGAGGGCAGAUGAAGGUCAUGACCUUCUCUUCCGGGAUCUUUUCCUCAGUCCAGAUUCCCACCUGUCAGCAGGGGGAUCCGCGCUUAAUGCUGCUCGGAUCGCUAAAUGGGCAAUGCGACCCAAAGGACAAGUGGCUUUCAUAGGUUGCGUUGGAUGUGAUGAAUAUGGAGAAUGGUUGAGGGACCAACUCAUGUCGGAAGACGUCAUUCCUCUUUUUGUAAAAGAGCCCAAAGCGAAAACAGGUGUGUGUGCAUGCUUGACAUUCGAUGGAAUGCGUUCCAUGUGCACAAGGCAUGGGGCUUCAGCAAAGUUCUCCAAAGAACAUUUAUAUCUGGAACAUAUCUAUAGUAAAGUGAAGACAGCGCAUUGCAUUUUUAUCGUUGGGUAUUUCGUUGGUCACUCUCCUGAUGUAGUUCUAGAUUUAGCAGAAAAUUGUUCGCCAUCUCAGGUCUUCUCUCUAAGCCUGUCUGCUGAGUAUAUUUGCCGAGAAUACUCCGAGGCCCUGACGAAGGUGAUGCCUCGGGUGGACGUUCUCUUCGGCAACGAGGUCGAGGUGAAGGCCUUCGCAACAGCCUUGUGUGGGGACCGCAAUAUCGAAGCAGUUGAAGAAGCUAUCCGAGUCAUAAAGCAGCUACCGAGGUCCAGAACUCUUCAGCCUCGUAUUAUCAUAGUCACACGAGGUUCAGAACCAGUUUUUGUGGAUGAUGGUAACGAUAAUCUUCGUGUCUUCGAUGUGCCAAAGGAUGUGCCAGUUGUGGACAGUGUUGGAUGUGGAGAUGCACUGGCAGGAGCGUUUCUGGCCAGUUAUGUGGUUAACCGAGGCAUAGACUCGUCUGUAAAAGUUGGUAUUGACGCCGCUGCGAAGAUUGCUCAAGUGCACGGUUGCAAUCCACUAGCUAUUUAGAAAACAGCCUUUUUUAUAUAUUAGCAAUUGAUAAGCAAAACAUUUGGUUUAAAUUAAAAAUUUUUGGUGCAAACAUGCUUUUAAUAAUAAAGCUUACUUUGAUA